GUGGAGGGGUGGAGGGGUGGUAGUCCCGUUUAAAAAAUGGGCGGUUGCUGCGCGCUGGGGUGUACAAACCACAGCUCCGAGGGAAAUCGGGUCUUUAAACUCCCGAAAUCGCCGAGGAGAAGAAAGCUGUGGCUGGAACGAAUCAAACGCGGCGUGAAGUGGAAUUCUUUGGACUCGACUUACCUGUGCGAGGCCCAUUUCGAGCCUUCCCAGUUCCAGACAAGAUGUUAUGAUGGCUGGAGGAAGCCGAAAAACACAGCUGUUCCCACCAUUUUCUCUCAACCGAGAGGCCAAGCAUCCGUUUCGAGCCUGUGGUGUUGGAGGAAGUAUUCAAGUGUCUGGAAACAAAACUGGAGCACCUGACGCCUCAGGAGUGCCAGUGUGCUGUCUUGCAUGAUGAGAUGACCCUUGUUAAGAAGUUUGAGUACGACCCCAUUACCAGCUGCAUUCGGGGUUAUGUCACAAUGUCCGUGCCUGGAGCAUUACCCUCACGGUCACCACUUGCCAGCCAGCCCAGUCUCAGAACAGUGUCCGGGCCUGGAGCGCCAUUCUUCAAGCCACCAUCUGGCACCCACCCAAGCACCAGUUGCGUACCAGGUCGG